ACAGCAUAGGGGGACGACGUUUCUUUUCUUACUUAUAUUUUAAAGAAUUUAUUAGUACGAAUGAAGCCGAUAAAAUUAUUACAAUUUGAUUCUAUUAUUCUUAUAAUGAUGAUAAAUAGUGACGUGUGAAGUGUAUUAUUUGUAUUAAGUUAAUUCUUGGAAUCUUUUACCAAAGAAUCUUAGUUGCUAUAUCAUAAACUUGCAGAUAUUUCAGUGAACAAGCCAAAAUGGGCUGUGCUUCACAGUGUGCCAAGUAUUUUCUAUGUUUCUUCAAUUUCGUUUUUUUCGUAGCAGGAGGUGCUGCAUUAGCAGUUGGAGUUUGGCUCUUCGCCGAUAGGAAUUCUUUUGCCGAUCUCAUUGGCAAACUCGAUCAAUCAGACAUUCUGAAUAAAACGGAUGCGGAUGUCAUCAGGAUAAUAUCAUAUAUCUUGAUUUUGGCAGGAGCAUUGACAUUUUUGGUCAGUUUUCUUGGAUAUUGUGGAGCAAUGUUUGAAUCUCGGUGUCUUCUUUGUAUUUAUGGUGUUCUUAUUCUUGUGGUUUUGAUCCUGGAAUGUAUUGUAGUAGGUUUGGCUUUUGGUCUUAAAGGAGAUGCAGAACAAAAUACAAGAAAUUUUCUCAAAUCUACAAUCAAAUAUUAUGCCAAUAAUAUUGAUAAAACAGAAACAAUUACAAUAACAUGGGAUGGUAUAAUGACACAGUUACAUUGUUGUGGAGUGGAAAAUUAUUUGGAUUUUCGAGAGAACACAAAUUGGACAUCAGAUAAAAUUGUACCUGAAGCAUGUUGUAUAAAAGAGAACACUGUUUUAAAGGAUCCAUCUUGUCCUAUUAGUCCUACUUCUAAUAAUUCUUAUUAUAAGGAGGGUUGUUAUAAUGCAAUAAUGAGGACAAUUGAAGAAAAUGCAGCUAUAGUAAUCGGCGUUGCAGCUGGAUUAGCAUUUGCCGAAAUUCUGGUUAUUAUUUUAGCUCUGCAUUUGGCAUGCUGCUAUUGGCGACCGCAACAUGUUUUAACUUCUUGGUGCUGCUGUUGACCUCGUACACUAAUAGUGAGCUCUUCAUAUCUUCUUGGCUCCUUUCUUCACAGAAGCGAAUUCACAGAAUUGGUUUAAACUUAGUUGAAACUAACCUAGGAUAUAUUCAUCAUUUAUUUAAUUACAUUUUAUUACUUUAUUAAAAAAUUCAUAACAUUGAAUAUGUUAAGUAAUUAAAUAAUAAUAAUUAAAUAAUUCUUAUAUUUCAUAAUGAUUUAAAGUUAUGAAUUAUUCUGAUUGGAUUAAUAGUUAAAGUAUAAAAUUUUUAGAUUCACAAUUAUUUCAUUUUUUCAAAGAAAAUUUUCUAUAGUUAUUAAUUUAAUGAAAAAAUUAAUCUAUCUUAUGAAAAAUUGUUUAA